GUCACCGAUGACAGUGUGGUUGAGGGGGAAAAAAAUCAUUUUUUCUUCUUCUGGAUAUAGGAAAGAGUUUGGACGUGCAUACAUCAUUACCUUGUUAACUCGGCCGCCAACGGCGCAUCUUUCAUAUAGCGGUUAAUUGCCUGCAAAUACAACGACGGUUUCAAUCGUCUGUCGGCGUUGUCAUAUUCCAAGUGAACUCUAUCGAGGAAAGAAGUGCUUUAAUUUUGUGUGUGAGAAUAUUCUCUUCGGAAGGUAAAUUCUGCUGAUUCAGUAAAGCCAGUUCAACCACCAGAAAACACAGUGCCUUGGGAUUGUAUUAUUGAUUGGCUCUAGUAAUAUCAGACUGAUAUUAUAGUGGUCUCUGUUGCCGAUUCUUCCUUCUUUUCCCACCCUCGGUGGUGAGAUUUGUGUAUGCCGUAUCCAGGCUUCAUUUCCAUCAGCCUGUUGUACCAUUGCUGAUUCCAAAUUGGUGUUGAGCGAUACCACAAGUAAGGUUUGGACUCAACCCAACUAUAGAUCGUUGAUGCGUGGAUGCGUUUUGAAUACCCAUAGAUUCCCCAUACACAGCAAGCCACAUCGGUGGUGUGAGAAGGUUGCUUUUAAGAUCCACACGUGAAGGACUUCCUGGCCCCGCCAAUGCCAGCCAACGCAAUGGCCAUGGCGUCCAAAGCUUCCACCCCAGAUUCGGAGGUAUCGGCCCCACAAGAAAACUGCUACCGCCUGGUGGUCGUCGGAUCUCCGAAGGUGGGCAAAACAGCAAUCGUCAGCAGAUUCCUGAACGGUAAAUUCGACGAUCAGUACACACCAACAAUUGAGGACUUCCACCGAAAAAUCUACAAAAUUAAAGGACAUGUUUAUCAACUUGACAUACUAGACACUUCAGGAAACAAUCCUUUUCCAGCAAUCAAGAAGUUGUCAAUAUUAACAGGAGAUGUGUUCAUCUUGGUCUACAGCAUCGACAACAAAGACUCGUUCGGUGAGGUGCAGCGCCUACGCAAACAAAUCAUGGACACUAAAUGCAGUAACGGUGCCAAAUCCGUCCCCAUGGUGAUCGCAGGCAACAAGUGCGACCGCGAGAGUAACCGCCAAGUGAACACGGACGAUGCCAAACGGGCCUUCGAUUCCUCCAAGAAGUGUACCUUCGUGGAGACGUCUGCUAAGAAGUUCUACAAUAUCGACGUUCUGUUCAAGGCGCUGUUCGAGAACGCCAAGAUGCCCAGUGAGAUGAGUCCAUCCCUUCACCGGAAGAUCAGCGCGAGCAGCAGUCCGGCACUGAAGCCGAGCAGCAACGGUAAGCUGGCCCUCAGGAGGCGGUUAAGCGAGGCCUGCGGGAUGGUAUCUCCAAAUGCCAGACGGCCCAGCGUCCGGAGUGAUCUCCUACAGCUGCGGUCCAAGGUACAUCGCAACAGCCAAGACGAAGAUGACGAAGACGAUGACGACACAAGCAGCAUGCAUAAGAAACUACGCAAGAUCGCCUGUUGUAUACAGUGAUUUACUCCAAGAAAAGUAUUUCCAAGAUGGCACCCGAUCUGGAGAGACGCGAGUGGACACGUUUUUUUUGUAUUCUCACAUGAACCCUGAUUUGUAUUAUUAAGACACAAUGUUAAUUGUAUUCUAAGAACCCAGAGCCUUAUUUUUGUCUCACAAACUGAAGUCUGAGUACUUUCUAAUUACAUUGUGUAAAAGGGCGCUCAACGUGAGACGCCUUCAACGAGGCUAUGACUUAUUAACGUGGACAGAAACGUGGGACCAGCGAUUUUGGACGUGCACCAGGUAAAGACGAACGCGUGAUUUUUUAUCAUUGACAGAUUUUUAAAAUUAAGAGCACACACAUCAACAUGAUGUGGUCUUGGAUAAAAAUGUCCCAGGUGUGGAUAAAACAUGGGGUGCUUAGGGUUAUUAAUGGGGAGGGUAUCUUUUUGGUUAUGGGUCGUGAUCGUUUUAUGCGGUGAAUUUUCCUGUUUUGAUUUGUUUGUUAGGGUGUUUUGAUUUGUUUGUUUGUUUGUUUGCAAUGAUUGUCAAGUGUCAUGUAACUUGAGGAACCACAGGCCCAGUCCCAUGUGACAACAUACAUUUAUCAUGAUGUGGCCAACUUGGUUUUAUGUUUUGAAAAUGUAGUCUGGUUAAUUUUUACUCACCGCGCGACCUUACUCACAGUAUAUCAAUAAUCAACCCCAAUCCCAUGGAGAGCAACUAGCUCCAUGGUGCAGUGUAGACCUACCGGUGGGUUGAGAAUGAGGUUGUUAAACAGUUAUCCGAUGUCUUUUAAUACCGUCCAUGUACUUUACCAGUAUUUACUUGGAGUAAUAUAGUUCGCCAGACUAAAGCGAUGUUAGGCCUCCACUAACAGUCUACUGUCACCAUUGUCCAACAUAAAGGUGUUGUAUUAAUGUUGGUAAGUUAAUACGUCAUACUACGGUUAAUUGUGGAAAUUAUUCAGCACUUGUGCAGUGGGUUUCCAUAUGGGUUGGUAGAGGGGCUAUUUCUUACAAUGACUAUGUCUGCUCAGUGUUCUGCUACAACGGCUCAUAAUGUGCACCAAGUUCAUUAGAACAAACGCUAUAUUACGUGAAUUUCAGCUGUAAUAACCAGUAUUACGAGAAUGUCAGCUUUAACGGCUAGCAUGACGCUCUAUGUGUAAUUACAGUGUAGCAUAUACAAGAUCAAAAUCAUAUAGCGGGUUGCAUUAACUGCUUCACAUAUACACUUAAAACAGACAUUUGAAACAGAGGUAAAAGCAUCUGAAAUUAUUACCUAAAUUCCAAUAAGUUUAGUAAUUGUUGUUUACCUAAAAACCGGAACUGCCCCAAGGUUUACUGACCCGUUUAGCUCUGCAUGGUGGCGUCACUAAAACUGUUAAGUUAAUUGCGUAUACAAAAAAAUAA